UUUGUUUCCUUUUUCUUUUACAAAGUUGGCUUUUUUUAAAUGAAAGACAUUUUUCCUAUUUGGGGUGCCCAAAUAAAUUUUUUGUCCAAUAAUAAUAAUAAUAAUAAUAAUAAUAGGCUCUCCAUCUCUUUGCAUCUAAAUAAAAUGGUUUCAAUGCAUCUAUUUUCUGAAACUAAAGAGUAGUGAAGUCAAUGAGAGUUUAUGGGAGAAUUUGAAACAAUUCUAACAACGUUACAAAAGAUUUUAAGAUUUUAAAAGACCAAAAGGGGAAGUUUCUGCUGUCAGUGGCUAAAUAUGUGUAGUGUCCCAAUGGUUACCAUGUUGACCCCAAACCUGUGCCUGUCCCACCCUGACUCUUAAUGAGAGGCAGACAGAAACAAGCCUCAAACAGUCGCUGUGCAAAAAAACUGCAAGUUGGGUAAAAAAAAAACCAUAACCAUAAGAUUUGAAGCAUCGAGUCAUCAAACGUUUUUUAUGCCACUUCAGUAGAAAACAAAACUGAAUAUUAGUUUCUUAAUUUCUCCAUUAUCAGUGUCUUUUGUAAUACUAUAGUGAAAAAGAAAAAGUAGAAGAGAAAUAUAAGAACAGUAAAGAGAGAAACCGAUAGAAAUUAUAUAACGUGUGAAAUGAACACCAAUAAAAUAUAGGACAUCAUAUGUUUGUUUUUAUUGUUCUGUAAUGUUUAUUGAUAGAGAUACGAGGAGUUAAAAUGUCCUCCAACAACCGGCCCACUUUCAACACUUCCCCAUUCUUUUAAUUGUCAGACUUUAGCCAUUGCAUGAGAGUAACUGUGUUCAGGAACAUGUUGACCUCAUGAGAAUUGGUUGAACAGAGGCAGCUGGGAGUUUCUUCACCUGCGGGGAGAGGAGAAGCAUGAUCGACCUGAGCCACCUGACGGAGGAGGAGCAGGAGGCCAUUCUGACGGUGCUGAGGAGGGACGCCGAUCUGAAGCGGGCUGAGGAGGAGAGGGUCAGAAAAUUGGAGAAAAUACUUCCCACUUCUCAGCCGGAUGUCAAGCUGAAGUACCUGACGGGAGAAUGGUUCUACGAGGCCAAGUCCCGCCGACACAACGAUACAAUUCAUGGAUCUGAAAUCAUUCUGGCGGCCAUGAAACAAGGGAAGACAUCCUGUGUAGACGUGUCUCCAAGACUUGACAGAUCCAGGUCACCUGGCAGUCGGGACUCAGGUGUCUUAGCUCCGCCCAAACCGGCCAGAUGUUUUGAGACAUCGGAGCCACAGGAGAAGAA